AUGGAUGUGGCUAUGAACGAUACCCAUGUGGAGCCCAAUCAGCGUAAGAGGGCUGCAGUCGCGUGUGAAUACUGCCGGAAACGUGGGCUGGAGUCAUUUUUGCAUCAAGCUGACACCCUGGCGGGGGAAUACAACGAAAGAAAUUCCCCUGGACUUCUUUCGGAUCGCAUAGAGCGCCACGAUGAGGUAAUUGGAGAGCACACAGCAGCGAUUGAUAUCAUGAGAAGUCAGAUUGCGCAACUCAUAGGCGAUGCAGCUGUUUCCAGCCAAGGAGAGAUUUUCAACACGCCAUUGCCACAACAUGACAAUCUUACUCCGCAAAAUCAGUCUGGUUUUCUAUUGCGCGAAUUCACGCUAUCUGAUGCUCAUGAUACAUUGCCAAUGAACAUACCUGCGGGGCAUCUAUCUACCACAGAGAAUCUACUGCAGACAGAGAAGGCAAAAGUGCUGCUUGGUAAUUAUCCGGUUGACUUAUUUCUCCGAACAGAGCGUAAACGUGGGCAAUCAGAGGAUUUCAGGUUGGAUGCGCGCCUCUCAACCAGACCACCGUUUGGUAUCUCAGAGAACCCUAUGAUUGAAGAGCUAGUGCAUGAAUAUUUCAAGGAUCUCAACCCCACGACCCCGAUCAUCGACGCAGAUUCAUUUUGGGAACUGUUUGCUUCCCUUAAAAAUCGACCCGGUGAUCCAGGGGUCAAGGAGGCCUUGAUUUUCGUCAUGUGCGCUCUUGUCCAGGUGAACCGAACCUUGCCAAAUGAGAUCAAAAGCGGCGAAUUACCUGGGAAGACCGGCUUUUUCUUUGGCCUCGAGAUUCUCAUGAGAGAAUGGGCAACCUCAUUCCAUACAGAUUUACACCUAUGCCAAGCCCUUUUUCUAGCAGCUUCUUGUGACCAAUAUGGAGAGAGCGGCCCUUGCCAAGGAUGUGUUAGACUUAUUUGGGCAAUUUUCCUGGCAGAGUGUGACAUGCUUGCAGAGUACCAGCUUCCAAGGAGUGGUAUCGAACUCAUGGUGGAAAAGCUCUUCUACCCAAAUGCUGCUUCAUACUCCACUGACGCCUAUCUCAUAUGGAUCGCCAAUCUAUCAGCUCGUCGAUUAAUGAAUCGCGUUCAUUUUACUACCUACAAAUUCAACGGCAAUAGUUUGGACAGCAAUUACACCGUUGAACAAAUCUUUGACAAGUUUAUAGAGAGUUCUGGCUCAGCGAAUGCCCUUUUCACCACUUCAGCGGAGCUAUACAGCCAACUCAAGCAGUGGUGGGAUCUCCUCCCGCCAUCCAUCAAGCCUCGGAUUGACGACGUAAACCCUACUACCCAGGAAGGGGUUCUUCUUUUACGAUUUUGGGCAUGUGGCGAUAUAAUAUAUCGGCCAUAUCUCUACAAAUUAUGUUCGGUGCACGUAGAUUCCACCAUGGUUGACAGCCUGAUCGAACCAGCUGUGAAGUGUAUCUACCACUGUCGCAAGUUCCUUGAGGUCGCAGACUCAGUCACAAAAGUUCCAUCCAUUUUUACAAUGAUCAACAUGCACUCGUAA